CCUCCUCCUCCUCCUCCUCCUCACACACACACACACACACACACACACUCGAUCUAAAGUAAAAGGGAAAGAGAACGAGGAGUCGUUUAGUUAAUAAAGCUUUUUUCGGUCCGGAUCAGAUUGAGCGGAUUUCUCCUCUGGUUCCUGCCCGAACACGAGCCAUGUUUUCCCGCUACGUGCUGGUGAUCGUCUCUCUGGUGGAUUUCCUGUCGGACUUCCAUGUGUCCUGCUGUGAUAGAAACUGUACAAACAGCACAGUGUUCACUCCGUCCAGCCUGGUGGUGAAGCACGGCGACCCGACCUCUGUCAUCUGCUCUCUGUGCCCGUCGUGCCCAGAGGACAUUUUCAAUUUGGAAAGAUCUGUUGGAUCCCACGUGAAAAAUGGAAGAACAAUUACAUGGACGGUUGACAAAAUGAUGGAGUGGAAAACGACUCCAUUGUGUUACUAUACUAACACUGAUGGUCACCAGUGUUGCACUCCGCUGAACGUUACCGUGUACAAAUCUCCAGACCUGGUCUCCGUCAGCUUUAUGAAUCACUCCGGGCCGUUGUUCGAGUCCCGUGACUACACUCUGCAGUGCAAGGUGCAGAACGUGGCUCCGGUCAGAAGUGUCCACGUGACCUUCUUCAGAGGUCAGACAGAACUGGGCCAGAAACAGAACUUGAGUAAACCACAGGAGAAACCAGUGACUGAGGUCUUCACUCUGAGCAUCUCCACCACUAAAGAAGAUGAUGGAGCUCAGUACUGGUGUCAAGCAAAGCUGGAGCUGGGACCUGAUGGACCACAGACCCCUCCGAUGGUUGUGUCGAAAAACGUGACCGCUACUGUCUACUAUAAGCCUCAGCAGCUGGCGCCAUCACCUCCAGAUGUGAUCACCCUCACAAAAGGAGAUCCUCUAGAGCUGAACUGCACGGCCGUGGGGAACCCCAGCCCCUCGUACACCUGGACAUCCCUGCCAGACGGCGUCCCCCCGUCCAACAGCAGCGUCCUCACCAUCCAGUCUGUGGCUUCUGGGCAUGAGGGCAGUACACCUGCUCGGUCAGCAACGACGUGGGCACAAACACUGUGACGUUCAGGGUGGCUGUCAAACCCGACAUCAUCCCGUACAUAGUAGUUCCUGCUGUUGUGGCUAUCGCCUGCUUGAUAGCAGUAGCCAUCUAUUUCUACAAACAAGGCCGGAUGGGACAGUACAACCUGAAGGAUGUUUUCCGUUUUCACAAACAACACGAGGCCGUACCCACUGUAGAGUGAGUCUGUGGGAAGGUGUGACAAGUGUGUGGAGAAGUUGUUUUGUGAUACGCUGCAGAGUUGGCGUCGGACUCGUGGCCUGUGUGACAUCUCUCUGGCUGUCAUUUCCUGUCGUCUCUCUACUGACCUUAUCUGAUGACAUAAAAUGCCCCGAAUGAGUUCAGUCUCAACUUGUGUAACCUGAGUACUUCAAGGAAGUGUCUGUAUCUCAGCUUUAACACAUACUCAUGGUUAAACAUACACCAAUUUAUACAUUUCACUACACAGACAAAAGCACAUUGUUGGACAAAAUUAGAAAUAUAAUUCACAUAUUCUUUCACAUUGAAGUUAGCAACUGUAUUUGUAUGACUUGUUAAAGUUAAGUUGAACACAAACUGUAUUUUGUGUACUACCCAUGGAAGUCAAUUUUUAAGUUGGUGCAAGAAAGAUCAUCUCUCUCUUUUUCUUUAUUCAGUGUAUGUACACAAGAGUUAAAAAUCCAGUGUAAAUAUGAAGCUAAUUAAGUAUUUGGUGGCUAAAUGGGUCACUUGUUUUUUUUUAAAGCCAGAGAGAGAAUCCUUGGUUAUUUUAGAUAUUACAAUUUUUUAGUAAUUGGAACAAAUAAUGUCUUAGUGUGUGUUAGUCUCUGUUCUGUCUGGAGCAUCCAGCUCAAAUCCAUCUCUACUGAAGACAUAACGCUGUAAAAUCAAGUCACAAAUAUACAUACAUAUUUUAAAAAGUUCAGUAAUUUGAACACAGUCCUUUUACCAAAUAUUACAAAAUGACACCGCGUUGUGUGUGGUCUCCGAGGCCUCUGAGGACAGUUGCCUGCUUGCUUGCACAGCCUGGAGUCUGCGGAGCCCGUCUGGUGACAUCUGGGAAAAAAAUAUUGCUUUGCCAUGAGUUAUAAAGUCUUGGGAACGAGUUAUGAAUCUGUUCUUUAAUAACAAGACCUGGCGAAACUGAACAACAAUGUUUUUUAUACACUAUCAAUUGCAAAGGUUUCCACCACAGUGUGUCCUCAGAAUCAGUGCAGACAGUGAGUCAGUAUAAAGCUCAUGAAUGAGGUUGCAUCAUGUGUUCAAGAGAAACGUUUCAUCAUCCAAGAGGCUUCCACGCUCCAAGUUUGCAAAAACAGAUUCAUAACUUGUGGCCAGGACUUAUUAUGUUUAAUUUUUCCCCCCAAAUGUCACCAGAGGGGUCGGUUGAGAUAAUAGUUAAUUAUUUGUUAUACUCCGACUGAUGUACAACCUUGAGUCGGUUUAUCUGAUGCUGCUUUUGUAGCUUCUGUGGUCACUUCUGCGUUUAACUGUCAUUUCAGUGGUUUAGAGCAACAUCCUGCCUCAUGUUAAUACAUUUGCUUGUAGAUUCAUGUGCAUUUUUAAUUGUUGUUGUAAAACCAGUUUCAACUGCAGUUUCAAGAAGGAUUAUAUGUUUCAUUAAUAGUGAAUGUAGAGUGUGGAAAGACGAUUUUAGCUUCUGUAAGUAAAUUAAAACGGUUCAGAUUGUUUUAUAAUAAGAAUAGAUGUGAGACCCAAAAGUGAAAGUAAUCUUUAAAAAAUAUUCAGACUCUGGCUCCAUAUGUGCAAGAUGGUGGUGUUUGUAUCAGGGAUAUUUUUGGCUUCCUGUCUGGAUAGUGAGAGUGAGUGAGUAUUUAUACACACUCUAUUAUCUUUAUCCAUGUAACUCAUUUCCUGAUUUUACUUUGAAUUAGUAAAAUAGUAAAAAAGACAAACUACAUGUAUGUUUGGAAAUCAUUGUAUAAAUGUUGUUAAUCUGUGUCAGUGAAUGUGCUGUUUUAACUGUCCCCGUCUUAUUUUGGUCGUGUCACUGCAAAGAACUUUAUAACUUUAUUUAGAGUUGUGCUGUGUACAAAACAUUUAAUAUUAUAAGUGGAAGUUCUGACAUUGAGCAUUGCAGCGAUGUGUUAAACCUCACGGAAACUUUGUGGGACCUCACAAUAACCCACGUUUCCUGUCUGUAUGCGCACGUGUUUUUGAGGGGCUAUCUGAGGAGGUUAACGCUGUAUGAUUAUGAACUUCACUAAAGAAAUAAUAAGUGUAUUCUGUGAGCAUGAAUAAAUGGUUUCACUUCA